AUGAAUGCCUCUAGUUACUGCGCAGAUGGAGGUAAUGGUGCUAUGACUUGUCGCAUCGGUCACGGAGUUAUAACGCUGACACAGUACACAGUUUCUUAUAACACGUUUCACAUUUUGUCUGGAUCUAAUUAUCCAAGUCCUUUUCACGGAGGGAACAUGAGAGUACUAGCUACACCUUCAGGAUUAUUUACUUUCUCAAGCGUUUCCCCCCACACACACAUAUUUCCCCCCUGUUUGCCAUAUCGCUUUUUAGGGGCGUUAUACACGAUAAGGUACGGUAAAUAUUUUGCACUGAGAGAUAUUUCAGCCGUCAUUUUCGUACAGUUUCUCUCUUUUCUAGACACGGAAAAACUGUACACGAACAUCGGAGAAGCCAUUGCUAACCGGUACGGGAAGACCUUCACUUGGGAUGUCAAAGUCAAAUGCAUGGGCAAAGUGGCAGACGAUGCCGCUAGGACGAUGAUCGAAGAACUGCAACUGCCCAUCACAAUUCAAGAAUACCAGGACGCAUGCGCUGCGCUUUCUGACGAACUUUUUCUACAAACAGAAGUAUUGCCAGGUGUGGAAAGGUUAGUAAAGCACCUACAUGCAAACAGUGUUCCCAUUGCCAUUGCCACUAGUUCAAAGAAAAAAACAUUUGAUUUGAAGGUCACAAAUCAUAAGGAACUCAUCAGUAUGUUUCAUCAUGUCGUCUGUGGUUCCAACGACCCUGAAGUGAAACAAGGAAAGCCAGCGCCUGACAUUUUUCAAGUUUGUGCUAGUCGGUUUGACGACAAGCCACCUCCUGAAAAGGUCUUGGUGUUCGAAGAUGCGCCUAAUGGAGUGCAAGCUGCCAAAGCUGCAGGUAUGCAGGUAAUCAUGAUCCCAGAUCCGCGCAUGGACCCUGAAUUCUGCAACGAAGCUACACUAGUUUUGCCCUCCAUGGAAUGUUUUAGGCCGGAAUUAUUCGGCCUACCGCCAUUUGUUGAAUAGUCCGUCCAUGUAGUCCGUCCAUAAUUAUGUUUAAUAAAUAGAUUCCUUUCAUA